CUAUACCUUUUGUAUGAUGAAAAGCUGAUCCAUCUCAGAUUCACCCGGGAAGAGAGGGUUACCAUCUAUCAGUUCUCCCGUGAUGCAACCUGAAAUGGCAUCAGUGGAAAACCGACCAUGGUCGCCGACGUGUCCCCUCUUAUUCUUCGCCUACCCACCGAUGGCCCACAGAUCGACCUCCUUUCCGUAGGUGGUGUCACCCAGCAAGAGCUCCGGGGCGCGGUACCUGGACAAAAGACGACUCAUGGUGAUUCUUUUCAGAUACCGAAGAGGCCUACUGACCAUCUUGUAGCGACAUAGUCGGUCAGUGGUCCUGGCUUGAGGGGCAUCUGACGAGCGAAACCGAAGUCGCAGAGCUUCAGCGUCAAUGUGGAGCUACAAAGCAGUCAAAACGACAGAAGCACAAAUGGGCACGCACUUGAGCGUAUUCUGAGCCUACGGGUCGACGAGCAGGUUUUCGGGCUUGAUAUCGCGGUGAAUGGUGUUGUGCUGAUGGCAAUAUGCGAUGGCAUUGAGUAGCUGCCAAAUGCAGUACUUCACCUUCUCCAGCUACAUCAAACACAGCACACUCCGCUGGCUGCCUUCACUUCCCUCUUACCUCAAGCCCCUCCGGGUGCAUUUCUAGGAACUCCAGCAGGUUCUUCUCGACGUACUCAAAGACAAGAUAGAGUUUUCCCUUCCUUGAAGGGAGAGAGACGUAGAAGACCAUCUGUAGUGCCAGAAUCCUUUUACCGCCAACCUGCGGAAAGCUUCCUUUAGCUCAACGAUGUUCUCCUGCCGAAGCAUCCGGAGAAUCUUGACCUCGCGAAUCGUUGUCUUCUUCACCACAUCGUCCUCUGCACAACAUGGACACCUUUCAACCCCUUACACAAACAAUAUCAUCACCACCUUCGCUCUCCUUGAACUUUUUAAUUGCCACGACCUCUUGCGUUUCCUGCACACAUGUCGCCACGUCGAGAAGGCCACACACUUAUCAAACUUAGCGAAAGCCAUUACCUUGUUUCGGCAUCGCAACACAACCCCAUAUGCCCCCUCACCAACAACUCCCAAUACUUCAUACUUAUUCAUCACCCCGAGGAGAUUGGGGAAGGGGGCUCCCUUGGGGCGCAACACAUGUGUGUUAAACUGCCGUCCCUAAACACAAUAC